UGUACGGAUUUGUUACUUACUUUUGUGGCUUACUUGCACUUUGCAACGGUCAGAUAAUGGCGUGUACUCCCAACCAAGUACCGAGGAGCGACGUUACACUGGUUUAAGAUUGGUGCCCUUUUCUGAACCGACUGCCGAAAAUAAUUAUUGACCUUAAUAACUGGUACUGUACCUAAGUCAUUUCGCUUUAUGCCUAAUCUUAAGAGUAAAAUGCAGCUUUGUCGAUCAUCUGAUGAUUUUAGUCAGCCAUCAAGAACUUUAACCACACGAAGGGAACGGCCGGACAGAUUACGGGAAUGGUCGUGAUGGGUACUAUUGCCUGUGCUUACUUCUGGAAUUAACCAAACACGGAAGCUGCUAAUCAGUUGGUCAAUGGCGGUCGAUCCAAUUGCAAAUGCAAAUAUAGAUUGAAGAAUGGAAAUACUGAAGAAUGCAAAUAUAAGAUUUCGGUGUCGGCGAUUCACCGCUUGGUUGUUGUUUUGAGACCUUGACUUACAUCGCCAUACCGUCGACUUCAGAACCACCGACCGUGGAUUCGUUGAAGGACAGAGAUGGAAGAGUGCCCCGCUUCCGGUCUAGUAUUACAAUGACAAAACAUACAAAAAGAUUUACUGUUAAACAGCUUUCCGCUUUCGUCAGUAAAUUCUGGUUUUGUGUUUACCGAUUACGAUGAAAAAAAACUGCACUGUUCUGCUUUGCGAAAGCGUCAUGUAAUGUAUUGGACUAUUUAACUGGAGCCCCUUAAUUUUAUUAGAACAUAAGUCAAAUUAUCGCAAAUUAUUAUUUUUAACAUAAGAGCAAAUUAUUAUUUUUAAUUUUUUUAAAUUUUUUAUCGCCAGUGCAGUCUGCAAUGUUUAUGCAGUCAAACUUUGAUUUCCAAAAAUUUUAGUGAUCCAGAUCAGCUGCUGUUUUUUAAUCCGGAUUGAUUUGCUUUUUAUUGCACCGUUGAUGUAGUCAUUACUUUGAUUACUAAGUGUUGAUAAUAAUGACGUUAUUUAUCGCGGUUAACCGUUGAGUUGUGAUCUUGAAGCUCGUGGCUGGUAUUGUUCCUGCAGACAUAAUCCUGUAGUCUCGGAACCACAUGUGCAGCCUCCAUCGACCAACAGUGCCACCCAGUUUGUCAGCUUUUCCCUGAGUGAAAACGAUCACGGAGAGGCUGACUCACAGGAAAAAUGGAAAGAAGUGUGGCGAUGUCGGACAUCCGCACCGGUGGCUCAUCUGGAGUUUUCUCCCGAUGGACGAUUUUUCGCUUCUGUCGCAAAAGGCGACAGGCUAGUGAAGGUGUGGUAUCGCAAUUCGCAACCCGGCAACCGGAAAGUAAUUUUGCCUUCUCAGGGAGCCCAGUUUUAUGCGGACGGGGACGAUGAAAAGCGCGAAUAUUCAUUCGUUUACCUACCUCAUCCCCGAGCUGUGACCAGCUUUUCGUGGCGAAAGACGAAUCGCUAUAUGCGUCGGGGAGCUGUAGCUAACAUGCUAUUGACUUCGUGUCUGGAUAACAUCUGUCGUCUCUGGGUUGAGACAAUGCUGCCCGAUGACGGUCUGCUGAACAUGCAACAUCUGGAUCCACUGGUUACCCAGAAUCCGAAAUACGGCCAACACCGGCAUAAACGGCGUCUGGUGGAGCGCCUACAACAUAUGCGCAAGUCUUUCAGAAGAGCCCGCACCCAGGGCCAGCACGACCAGCAGCCCAGCUCGACGGGAGUGCCAUCCAGUGGCACCGGCAAUACAUUGGCCGUCAAGAAAGAACCUGUCCCCACUCUGCCGAGUUCGUACAGUGUGCAUGAUUUUCACAAAGUGGGCGUGCACGGUACCGGUGUAUCGCCAGAGUGUCACUUCCAUUUGGCAGCCAGCAUCAAUGCUUAUGCCGACACAGACAUUCCUCUGGUGCCCUUGUUCAGUUCGGGAUCUUUGCGGAAUUCCUUGGCCGAUGCGAUUGUAUAUGUAUUUGGCAGCGGGAGUGAUCGGUCUGCCGAUGAAAUCUCAUUUUCGUGCACUGAUGAUGGAGAACACAUCAUGUUGCGGUCUGGAAAUUCGGAUAAACUGCGUUUGUGCGCGUGUGUUAACCUUUCGUAACUUUCCAUGACCUUGAAAUGAAACUUCCAUCCACCACUGUUUAAAAUAAGCCUA